AUGGACGACAUCCCGGAUAGCAUGCGUCAUCGACCGCGCCGGCAGUCACAAAUCGUUACUUCCGUUCGGGAGGCAUCGGAAGAUGGCGACUAUAAAAGUCUUAGGGAAGCAAGAAAGGCUAAAAGUCAAGCGAAACUCUCAAGGAUCCCUGAAUCCAGUUUAAAAGACGACAGUGGUAUUGUAAGCGAAGAUGCAGUCGACCUCGAAUCAGCCAAACCAGCUCUGCGUCCAUUUUCACCAUUAGCAGAUGAACGUUAUGAGAAGGUCAGACUUCAGCUUUUCAAAGAAGUGGAAAAGGGCACACCAUCAGAUAUUACAGAUAUGAUGAAAAAGGCUGAGGGUUAUGUCCCUUUGCACCACGCGGCCAUGUUAGAUCCCUUAAAUAAUCAAACGAUUUUACAUUAUGCUCUAAAACUGAACAGAAUAGACGUAGUGGAAUGUAUUAUCGAUAACGGAAGUAAAGAGUUACUGCAGCAACUUUUCACAUUACCGAAAACAACCCGUUCAUCUCUACAUCAAAUCACAGAGCUAAACAAUGUAGAACUAGCUACAAGAUUUAUGGACAGAUUUCCUACACAAGCUGAAAAAGUUGAAGUGAUUAAACCUGAAACCAUGAUUGAAAUAGAAGGACAAAGACCCCGGACGUUCUCAGCAUACCACCUAGCAGCAUUUAGAGGAUUCACAGACUUAGUGAAGCUCUACUUAGACUCUGGAAUAGACGUCGACUCUCUAAACGUUAAGAAGGACACGGCUCUGCUUUGGGCAGCUAGAUGGGGACACAAUAAAACAGUUGAAUUUCUGAUUGAGAGAAAAGCUGACGUAAGCUUGGAAAACGACAAAAAAUCCACCGCAUUGUAUUGGGCAGUCCGAUAUGAGAUAUUAGAAACUGUAGUCAUAUUGUUAGAGAAAGGAAGAGCCAAUCCAAACCAGACAAGAUUAUUAGGGUUGGUAGCUCCAAUUGUUAUGGCUUCAGCGUUAGGCAACAACGAAAUCGUGAAAGUGUUGAUCGAAAACGGCGCUGACGUCAAUAUUGUGAUUCGAGGAGGAGAGACUCCGUUGCAUCACGCGGCCAAGGAAGGACAUCUGGAAAUAGUAAAGACACUGCUUGGGAGAAAAGCCGACCUGAAUGCACAGGAUGAAAAGGGCGAACGAUCUCUGACACUUGCAGCUCAGAACGGGCACGCCGAUGUUGUGAAAUAUCUACUUAAAUGCGGCGCUGACAUGUACCACAAGAACCACUUCGGAUUCGACUCCUGGUAUUACGCAAUGACCCAGCACAACGAAAUAGUUUUGCGAGAGUUGACUGAACACUACACAAAUCUCCGAUCUAGCAAUGAGAAUGUGAAAUCCCCACUGUGCAUCGCUGCAAGUCUUGGAAAUUGUUCGAUGAUCAAAAUUCUGUUGAAGAUGAGAGUUGAUCCCGAAGAAACGGAUGAAGACGGGAAUACCUUUAUUCAUCAUGCGGCAAUAAACAACCAAGGUGAUGUAAUAAAGCAUUUCCAUAAAAAAGUCAGCAUUGAUGCACAGAACAACGUUAAGGAAACUGCCAUGCAUAUCGCAUGCAGAAAAGGAAAUCAUGACGCUGUCACAGAAUUAAUGGAAAAAAAGGCAAAAACUAACAUCGGCAAUUUAAAAGGAGAAAAUGCUCUCCACAUUUUGGCAUCGUCUAGUAAAACAUCUCCGGAGAUCGCACGAGCUGUUGUGGAACAUACUAUUAAAUCACACGACUGGGAAAGCUUGAAUGCUACAGAUAACGAAGGGAACAAUGCUCUUCAUAUCGCUGGAUUAUUUGCGGAUCCUGAUGUCCUGUGGGAAUUCAGAUUCGUCAGAUUCAAAGAUGUUGACACGGAGGGAAAUACACCUCUACACGAAGCAGUUAUUUCAGGAAAACAAGAGGUUUUAGAAACUGCUCUCGAUAUAUAUGAAAAUAUGCAGAGAGAUGCUGAUAUAAACACGUUAAACAAAAAAUCAGAGAGUGUGCUGCAUUUAGCAGCAUCUGUGGGGUUUUCCGAGAGUGUAACCAGGCUGGUGUUUUAUGGUGCUGAUUUGACAAGUGCUGACAAAAAAGGAAACACAGUUCUACACAGACUUGUAAAGGAUAUGGCAGAAAACAAAGGUGAUUUGAAAGCCAACGAAAGAGUGAUGGAAACAGUAAUCUUCGAUUCUGUUAGGUGGUGGUGCAAUCGUCACGGAACACUCUAUCCAAGAGAUAAUGAAUCCCUCUUUAAGCAACUACAACGGAAUGCACUCUUGUCUUUGUUAAAUGAUUAUCCAAACAAACAAAACCUAUCCGUGUUAGCAUACGCCUACAAAGUCGGGUCACACAAGUUCUUGAAUCGGAUGCUGACUAUGCCUGAUGUGAUGAUGUUUCAGAAGGAUGAUGCUAUUUAUUUUGACAUCACCCACCUAACUCCGACAACCAAUUACAACAUCCAUAGCUGUUGCAGUUGUUCAACCGCAAAAGUUCAGCAUUCCAAUUCACACAUCGAUCUCCUCAUGACUUUGAAUGCCAAAGGACGUGCGUCAUGUGUGCUGGAUAUUCCACCUGUUCGACAAAUCGAGAGAAUGUACACGGCUAUAUGUGCAUGGGCUUAUUUCUUCUUUAUGGUUCUGCACGUUCUUUACAUGAGUGCGUUUUCGUACAUUGGAAUACAAAUCGCUUCAAAGUUCCGCGAUCUUGCAAAUGGUACACCAUUGACAGAUUCGGACCCCGUGCUGAUAGCUGCAUAUAUUGUUGUUCCUUUAGAGCCUGCCAUUGGUAUCUUAUAUGUCUUGUUGGACAUAUGUAGAGAUAUAUGUCGUCGGGAACUGCCAUCAUUGCGGAAUUUGUUGACUAUGAUGUUCGUCUUUAUGUUUGCAUGUCUUGUUUUAUCCUGGAUCAUUUUGAUUUCUAUUCGAAACACUGAUCACGACUAUGUAUUGUCUGUGUGCCUGUGCUUAGGCUGGAUGCUGUCCAUUUCAUUCACUAGAGGUUUUAAAGGAAUCCAUUACUUUUUCAAGAUGUUAGUGAAUAUGAUCAUGAGGGAUGUAUUUCGUUUUCUAAUUGUGUUUUCUUUCGUACUAUUGGCGUUUAGUUUUGCACUCCAUACCCUCUUUCAGAUUUCGACAUCUAUUGUGAGUACAUACAAGGAUCCCUUUGAGACUAUAUUUCUAGCCUUUAACAUGAUGAUUGGCAUGGCGGAGCUGUUUGACGGCACGAUUGAAGCAGGGAUGGAAAGUGUUGGUCGAACGGCGACAUUCGCAAAGGCUAUUUAUAUAGUAUAUAUUUUGCUGUCAACAAUCGUCUUACUGAAUUUGCUGAUCGCCAUGAUGAACGACUCGUAUUCGGAUAUUCUUCGACACCAGAGAGUAUCAUGGCGAGUGGAAUCUGUUCAGAUAGGAAUUGGAAUCGAGAACCUAUUUCCAUGGUUUCCCGCCGUAUUUGGGAGAAUAUCUGUCAAAAGAGAAAAAAUUGGUAUUGGAAAUAAACCACUAGACGAUGAGGAGGAAAGAUGGUAUUUAGUGACUAAUUCAAAUGCAUUAGAGGAAUAUAAACCAGAAACAAAUGACGACGAGGCAGCUGAGAAAAUGACAAGUGUUUUGGAAAAACAAAUUCAGGAAGUUCACGAUCGUGUUAGACACGCAGAACAGCGAUCUAUAGAAGCAAGUAAAAAAUAUGAAGAAAUUUUGUCCAUUCUCUCGAAAAUGGAAAAGGUAAAAGAUACUUUCUGCCGUUUCUUAGUCGGAACGAGAAUGCGGUUCACCUGCUGUCAACAUAAAUCAAUGAUUAUACAAUCGCUUUUGUCGAACGGCUCCAACAUUGUUUGUCAAUCUGUAUCUCUUGAUUCAUUCUGCGGUAUGCAAUCAUAA